AUGUAUCUAUUGAGAGUAUCACCUUUACCACCUUCUAAACCAAGGUAUACCCAUUCACUUCCAUUGUUUGCUCAGGACUACUCCCCCAAGGUAUUCCGAAAUAUCCGAGAGAUGUACGGUAUCCACACCGACGAGUACAUAACCUCAUGGACACUGCCUGAUGAGAAACUGGUCGCAGAAGAAGGUGCUGGCAGAAGUGGUAGUUUGUUUCUGAUUUCAAGCGACAACAAGUACAUGCUUAAGACUAUCCCCGCAGAUGAGGUGAACACCCUCAUGAGCUGUCUGCACAAUUACUACCAACACCUGGUGGACUACAAGACAUCGCUGAUUAUGAAGAUCUUUGGAGUUAUGCACUUCACCUGCAAAGGCCAUGACAUGCACGUGAUGAUAUUCACCAAUGUCUGCUACUUCCCACACGGAGAGAUGUGUGCCACAUACGAUCUUAAGGGCCGAGUGCCCAAGCCAGGAAAGGCGCUACAGAACACAGCCAAAAUAGGAACGUCGUACAUCUUCAAAGAUAAAGAUUUGGAUCGUAAAUUCUUCGUGCGCCUGGACGAGAAGUCCUCGUUCUUCACCCAACUGAACCGCGAUAUCGAGUUUUUCCGUCUAAAUAAUCUGAUGGACUAUAGUUUGCUGAUUGGGGUUGCCACCAUGCCUGAGGACAAUAUUGACUAUCCGGAGUGGCAAUAUAUCGCUCGCUCGUCACCCAGCAAGGGAGAGAUUUACUUCAUCGGCUUUAUCGACUGUCUGACAAAUUACGGCAUGCGCAAGAAGGCCGCCAACUUCUUCAAGACGGCUCUGUGGACACCCAACACGCUGUCCACCAUUGAUGCUACGUCGUAUGCGGAGCGUAUCAAGUACUAUCUGUUCGAUAUCUUCGACGCUACCGGUGAUGAGGCGCCUCCCGCACUGACACGGGCUGCCAGGGCUAAUACGAAUACGGGUUUGGGUGGAGACGAUAAUAUUCUACUGGAGAAGAAGGUGUCCUUCCUUGAGACGAAGGUCUACAAACUCGAGGAGCAAUUACAAGCAGCCUCUACUCUGUUGAUGCAGGUCCUGCAAGAGAAGAACAUCGACGUACCCGCCGAUCUCAUCCCCGUUUCAAGCUCCAAAGCUAUCAUCCAGGUGUCUAGCUUGGUCCCCGACCAAUAAGUGGCAAACCGAUUGCCCACACUGACUAUGCAUGCGUCUGUACUUCACGCGUGUGUGUGUGAGUGUCCCUCUGUAUAGCUGUACAUAGCUAGUGCAGCAUUGCGCAGUUGUCAGACGGCGCCCGUGCGGGCUGAAACUAUGGUGAGAACGAAGGAUGAACAAGUAGGUAUGGUGCCUGUCUCUCUCUAUCACUCUAUACGGUGCAUGCUCAAGCGAAUUUAAUUCUGCAGCACUCGCGCAGAUUGUAUCGAACGGAUACGCAUGGGGUGUUUCCGUGGAUGGGAUGCGCUAGUAGUGCAGGUGUGUGCGCCUAGUAGUCGUGCAUGUCUCGAACAUGACUGACAGGGGGGGAUGAAGAGCCAGAGGUUGGUUGGGUGCAGGUGAGGCACCAUAGUCUUAUAAUAUAACAUGUUAGGUGAAUGCUACAUGUAUGGUUGCUGCAAAUGGUCUUCAGAGUGCCUUCGCACGUUUGUAUAUGUACCGGGUAAGACUCUAGGAGAUUAGGUCCGCCAUGCAAAAGUAAACAAACAAUUUGAAAC